AUGGAUCCUUUGAACUCCACCCAUUUUCCCAGCAACCAAUCAGACGUGAGCAGCGUCUUCACGCAUCGGGUGCUCCCUUGGCUCUACUUUGUCAUCUGCGCGGCGGGCUUGCCGCUCAACGGCGCGGCCGCCUGGAUCUUCUUCCGGGUGCCCAGCGACUCGGCGCUGGUGGUCUACCUGAAGAACAUGGCGGUGGCCGAUCUCCUGAUGCUGGCCACAUUCCCCUUCCGGGUGGCGGUGGAGCUGGGCCUGGGCGGCUGGCGUCUCCGGGCGCUCACGUGCCGCUACACCUCGGUGCUAUUCUACACCUCCAUGUACGUGGGGAUCCUUCUGAUGGGCCUCAUCAGUCUGGAGCGCUACGUGAAGAUCGUCCAGCACACCGGUUCCGGCCGGGCUCACUUCCUGCAAAACGUGGGCCCGGCCCGGGUUCUGGCCACGCUGGCCUGGAGCCUCCUGAUCCUGUGCGCACUCCCCAACGCGGUGCUGACCAGCCGACCGGCCGACGAGGAAUCAUCUCGCCACUGCAUGCGGCUGAAGACUCCGCUUGGUGUGCAGUGGCACCGGGCGUCCACGUUCUUCAGCGUAGGCUUGUUCUGGCUUACCCUGCUGGUUCUGGCCUUCUGUUACUGGUCCAUCACCCGCCAAAUCUACCGCUCCUACCGCCGCGUCCGGCGCGACGGUGCCGAUGUCCGGCGCAAGUCCAACCGCAGCAUCUUCUGCAUCCUGGCCGUGUUCUUUAUCUGCUUCGUGCCGUACCACGUCUGCCGCGUGCCCUACACCCUCAGUCAGAUGCCGGAGUCCGGAUUCGGCCGGGAGUCGCGCUUCCUUCUCUUCCAGGCCAAGGAGGCUACGCUCUUCCUGUCCUCAGUCAACGUCUGCCUGGAUCCCGUCAUCUAUUUCCUCAUGUGCCAGAAGUUCAGAGAGUCUCUGCUCGGGCAGAUCUCAGGAGGGGACAGAAGCAUCUCCAUCACUGCCGCGCCCAGUCUCAGCAAUAUUUAG